GUAAAAAAAAAAUAAUGAUAUGCAAUUAUUGAGGUCCCAUAGAAGUACUAUCAAGCUAAUUAUGAACAAAAUCCAAGACCUCAUAUUUUUUUCGUUGUCCGCUUCACGUGAAAUGCCCCAUAUAUUAAAAAAGAAAAGAAUUCUCUCGGUCGUAAUCGCUUAUCUUCGGAGGAGUUCGGUCUACAUCUAGCAACACCUAGCGAAAACCAGUCGAAGUAAUUUUCCCUAUACGAAGGAAUAUUUAGUUAACACUAAAUCGUCAGUGAAAGAUGCGUGUGUGUUUACUUUAGUGAACCCUAUUAACGAUUGAAAAGUGAGUCUAUGAAAAGUGUUAACAUCAAAGAGAUCGACAAUUUCGGAUCGAUCUUCAAAAAAAGAAACGUUUUAGGAUGUGCGAUCACAAAGCUUGCUGCGAUAAAUUAUCUCAACCGGAUAUAUGAGGGUCCGGUGUGAAACUAAAAGGUACGAACAACAAGAAAUAAAUAUGCACACAAGACGACUUAAAUUUCUUCUUCUGUAUUAUCUAUAAACGAACAAGGAGGGGAGUCUUUUUAAUUGCUAUUAGCAAUUUUAUUUUUUAUUUACCAUCGAAUUUGAUUGUGUACAUGAUUCGAGUCCGAUGAAAAAUUGACCAACGUUAUCGUCGUUACGUUUUUCCAAAAAAUUAUCUCAGAAUGGAAGAAGAUGAUAGACAAAAUAUAAGAACUGCAGUGGAGAAUAUCCUAAGCGGUUCGAUUAAUUCCCAAAGAAGUUCUUACACGCAACAAAGUUUUACGAGAACGUCCGAUAUUGUCCUCAGCGAAGAUCUAAUAGCUGGUGCUAGGGAAGGCGGCAGGAUGUCUAAUGUUCGUCGUUUCUUUUGUCUAUUCGUAACAUUUGAUCUUCUUUUGACCGUGCUUAUGUGGCUUAUUUGCAGUAUGAUAGCCGGGGAAAAUUUGGAAGCAGCAUUUAUCAACCAGGUUGUAGAUUAUCACAUAAAAACGUCCCUUUUCGACAUUGUGAUGGCAGCCAUAUGCAGGUUCACGGUGUUGUUGCUCUUUUAUGCAUUGCUCCAUUUAAAUCAUUGGAUCUUCGUAGCCUUAACAACUGCCUGUACGUGUGCCUUUUUACUCGCUAAAGUAUUUCUUUUCGACUGGGUAUCAUGCAACCAGCCAGUCUUUCAAGUUCUACUGAUACUCUCGUCUUUCAUUCUUUCUUGGGCAGAAGCUUGGUACUUUGAUUUCCGCGUGAUACCUCAAGAAACGCAUGUUAUAAAUUGGAUACGAAACAUGUCAAACGCGGAAAGAGCACCUCUCAUUCAAGCUACCAUUGCGGAUCCACGUCAAUAUAGUUCGAUCGAACCUUCACGUAACUUUUACACACCUAUGGAUUCUCCAGCUCAUUCGGAUGUCGAAGAUGAACUUGUUAGGAGACAGGAUACUGCAAAUGAAAUCUUUAUUCAUAAACCAUUACCCAAAUUAACACCUGAUAAGAUUGAUGAAUAUAAAAUGACGGCUAGAACGUUAUUAAAAAAUAGUCAUGACUUAUUAACAUCAAAAGAGUGGAAAAUAGAAGCUACACAGCCGUGCGGUGAUACAAUUUCGUAUAUGCAAACCAAGAGACCAGAAGGAAAAAUAAUGAAAAUUACAGGUAUAGUUGAUGCACCAGCCAGUAUGCUCAUCAAUUGGUUGUUCGACGAUGUCGAAGCAUUACCAACGUGGAAUAAACUUGUAACUGAAUCGAGGAAAUUGCAGCACAUCGACGAGAAUACAGAUAUAGUUUAUCAAGCAACGAGUUCGCAAGGUGGUGGAUUGAUUGGUGCACGAGAUUUUAUUAUUUUAAGACACCGUAAUAAAUUUGGUAAUUAUUACAUAAGUAGCGGUAUGUCGGUGACUUUAAAAUCAUUUCCAAGUCGAAAAAACGUUGUCAGGGGUGAAAAUGGUGUAAGCUGUUGGGCUGCUGAAGAAUUAGCAGACGGUGAUAGUAGCAAGUGCCGUUUCACAUGGAUCCUCAAUACCAAUUUAAAGGGUUGGAUACCUCAAAAAGUUGUGGAUAAAUCAUUAUCCGCAGCAUUAGUAGAAUUUAUGUCAUAUUUGAGAAAAUAUUUGGACGAGUAUCAAAGACACGCUGCUACAUAAAAUGUCACCAAAAAGUAUCUAUAUGCUUAAUUUGAAGAAGAGUUUAUCAUGACAGUUACGUUACAUGAACAAACAAAUUAUUGAUUAUUCACACUAUUAUACAUAAACACAAAA